CGUCAGUCGCAGUCGGUGAUGAUUCAGAUCAUCAGAUUCACAUGAAGACACCAUCCAGAUAACAAACAACCUGCUGCACACACACACACGCACACACACACACACACAAUCAUGCACAUGAUCACACUCACACUCGGUGUUUACAGGUGUGUUUGUGCGUGACAACAUGUCUGACUUGUGGGCAUUUUCCUCGUCCUCUCCUCCUUCCGUCAUCCAUCACUCCAUUCUGUCCCAGUCACCUCCUUUCAUCUCCUCACCUCCUCCCCUCUCCUCCCCCUCAUCGUUCAGGAACCAUGGAAACCCUCCUCAUGCAAAGGUAACCUCCCCUCAUCACCUCCCUCAGCCCCAGGUAACCUCCCCUCAUCACCUGCCCCAUCCUCAGGUAACCUCCCCUCAUCACCUCCCUCAGCCCCAGGUAACCUCCCCUCAUCACCUGCCCCAUCCUCAGGUAACCUCCCCUCAUCACCUCCCUCAGCCCCAGGUAACCUCCCCUCACCUUGUACCCCAGCAUCAUGUAACCUCCCCUCACCUCAGUUAUCCCCAGGUAACCUCACCUCACCACCUCCCCCAUUCCCAAGUUACCUCCCCUCACUUUGUACCCCAGUCCCAGGCAACCCCCUCUUACCCCCUUCAUCAGGCCCAUGUAACCACGUCUCACCACAUCCCUUAUUCCCAGGUAACCUCCCCUCACUUUGUAUCCCAGCCCCAGAUAACCUCCCCUCACAUCCACCCCCCACCGCAGCACCACCUCUCCUGCCAAAACCUCGACCCAGGUUUAGAAAAUCCAAACUGGAACAAAUCUGAGCACGCCUCCGAAGUUCUCAACAGCUUCAGUUACUCCUGCCAGAACCAGGCCACAGCACACCUAGAUCUCCAGAACCAGAACCAGUUCUGCACUGGUGUGACUCACCACGGGCAUGAAUUGGGACACACACACAGACUGCCUUAUAAUACUCACCCACACCUUGCCAGUGGCGUGUAUGGACAGGGUGACACACCUGGUCCAGGUCAGGACACCUGGGGGCCUCUGGAGCCCACUCUGUCCCAGAUGCAGUGCUCUCCACUGGGGUCUUUGUCUGGAGGAACGGCCCUGGGAAGGUGGAGCUCCAUGGAUUUCAGCUCAUCAUCUACUGAAGACUUCUCCAACACCCAGUUUUUCCCUGAUAGUUACCAUGACAGUAUUGCCCCACAGUCCUUUUGUAGUCCCACUACCCCUGGUCCAAGUCCUCAUUACCCACACACCCCAACCAUCUCCAGCCCUGGUCCUCAAAUGCAUCCCAGGAACAAGAUGUUGGGUUUUCACACACAAACAUCCGCACAGCUGAACAGCUGCUGUCUCCAAGAGUCGGACAGCUUCCCUCUGAGCUCUGAACCCAGUCAGCACCACCCACAUCAGUCAAGCCGACGCCUCCUACCGAGCCAAACUGAGCCGAUCCAGGACCAGACGGGUGUCUUCAACACCACCGGUGACCUAGAGACCGGUUUCCCUCCACAGGGAGGAGGCCAGAACGUCAGCAGCGCUGCCCAGUCCCCGAGCCUCCCUGCUGGGCCGAUCUGGAGAGAGGAGUGUGGAGGAGGAGGAAGAGGAGAUGGUCAACCAGACUGGACCUGGAUGAAAAGGCCACAACCUGAAAACAUGAAGGUUGUAGACUGCAGGCUGCUGUGUACAGUGUGCAAGCGAGACUUUAGGAGUCUGCCAGCGUUGAACGGUCACAUGCGCUCCCACAGCGGCUUCAGAUCAGCUACAUGGGGGAAAAAGGGCGAGGACUCCUCUCCACCUGCCCAACCCUCAGUCUCCAUGGUGAUGCCGGUGUCCGUGCCCAUCCAGUCCAGAGGCGCGUCUAAGGCGUGUAGGAGUGCACAGAGGAAAUGCAAUCCCCUCUCUCCGGCCACCGGAGGCGCUGUGCUCUACCGCAGCCUGAUGCACCUGGACGCAGCGGCUGCUGGUGGCAGAGAAGCAGUUAUCGGUGGUGAUGGAGUGGUUGAUGGUGGCAGAGGUCACUACACCCCUCCGCCCAUGCUGUGUCCCCUCAGGGCGGGGGCGGGGCUGUACUGCUCCCUCACCACCAGGAGGCAGCAGAGAGUGCAAACUGUACAGCUUCACGACACACACAAUGGACUCAGUGACCUUGUUGCCAUGGAUACACUAACAACAGGAGUCAAUAAGCCGCGGAUCAAUGUAGGGCGGGACUUUCAGGCUGAAAUCCCGUCCCUACACAACCAUAAACAUGCCCACUCCGACUCCCAGGAUGCACUGCUGGUGUGGACGCCAUGGGACGAGCUGGAGAAACCUGUGAAUCAACAGAGAGUCGAGGCUCUGUUGAUGAUGGUUCGAUCCAGUGUGGUGCCAGGGGGCGGGGCCAGCCCAGAGCACGCCCUCCACGUCCUAUCAGAGUGCAGAGGAGACUUCCUGCUGACGUUGGAGAAGCUACUCUCCUCUCCUGAAGCCUCCAACAACAACCACACAGGAGUGUGUUGGAGUGCAGCAGAGAUGAAGUUGUUGGUUAAAUCCCUGCAGCUCCAUCACAAAGACUUCAGCAGCGUCCAGAGAGCCGUUCAGACUAAGUCCCUCUCUCAGUGUGUGGAGUUUUAUUAUCUGUGGAAGAAGAAGCUGAGUCUGAGUGUGAGGACCCCGGCCGGGCUGACCGUCACUCUGCCCAACACAAAUAGGUCAUCAAGAUCUCAUGAUGCAACAUGAACCCCCGACUGGACUGAAGCUACACACUACUUGCUGGCUCACACAAACAAACAAACACACACACACACACACACACACACACACACACAAACACACACACACACACACACACACACACACACACACAGGUUUUGUUGUGGUGGGUUCACUUCCAGGUUUAGAGUUUAAAUCCUCCCACCAGUUCUGUCAUAAAAAAGUAAUAAAAAAAGUGUUUAAUAAAAUCACACAUUAUCUAUUUAUUCACAGUUUGCUUUCUUUAUAUCAGAAGCCAUUUUGUUGCCAUGUUGUUGCAUUGUCAAAGAAACGUAUUUGGAAGAACUGAAUAUUAAAAGAAAACUCCAAAAAUCAUUUCUGGCUCCUUUUUUUCAUCUUGAACUUCCCUCCUC